CGCAAAACGUCAAACAAAAAAAUAUAUCGCAAAGUUCUUUGUUUGCUGUGCUUGUGGUAUUUUCUCGCGAUAAGUCUCUUUAUAAAUUACAUUAGGAACGAUUCUCUACGACGCAUUUAUAAUAAGUAUUCCCGUGUGAACAAAUAGUAGACUCUGAGAAAUCGUGUUCGUGUUAAUGACGUAAUAAGUGAAAGGUUUUGCCCGUAUCUGCGUUGUAUUUCUACCAUGAGCGAAACAAAAUCGUUCGUUAGUUUCUCCUGCCAGCGAUGCUUGCAGCCUCUGAAGCUUGACGAGUCAUUGAACAAUUUGGGGGAGCAUACCAUUGCUGAUUUAACACUACAGAUACGUCGAAAUAAUGAGGCCGAUUUGGAUUUGCAAUCUUCGAGUUUGGAACACUAUGUGCCCCCAUUUCGGAUGUCCGAGUCAGGUAACGGAGCCAACGGUUUCAUGGUGAUCUCCGAUGGGUGGGAGACCACAUCCCUAGGCCACCAGUUACACGUCAAAGCUACAUUAUUUGACUUGUUGUCGAACAAUUCCGAUGUGGACCAUCCCCUUUGUGAUGAAUGUACGGACACGCUGUUAGAGCUCAUGGAUAACCAGUUAAGGCUCACAGAAGCAGAAUGGAAAGACUACAGCGAGUAUCUGAAGAAGUUGGAAGAUGAUAAAGAGGAUUUGAACUUGGAAGGACUUGAGAAAGAACUAGAAGAUUGGAAACAGGAGCAAGCUAGAUUAUUACAAGAGUUACAAGCACUGCAGAAAGAAGAGAAAGCAAUGAAAGAUGAAAUUGACAUACAAGAGAAGGAGAAAGAGAGAUUAGAAAAAGAACAAGAUAUCUACUGGAGGGAGUAUACGAAGUACAGAAAGGAUUUAAUGACAACAGAAGAUCAAAUGAAGUUUUACGAGUGCCAACUGUCUUAUACUCAAACUCAACUAGAAAAGUUGAAAAAGACAAAUGUUUUUAAAGCAACAUUCCACAUUUCUGAUUCUGGUCAAUUUGGUAUUAUAAACAACUUUCGCUUGGGUCGAUUGCCAACGGCACCUGUUGAUUGGUCAGAGAUUAACGCUGCAUGGGGCCAAACUGUUCUCCUUCUGUCUUCGUUAGCAAGGAAAAUCAACUUCUGUUUUCAACGAUACCGAUUAGUCCCGUACGGUAAUCAUUCAUACAUAGAAGUUUUGGAAGACCAGAAAGUUCUACCAUUGUAUGGUUCAGGCGGAUUCCGUUUUCUCUGGGACACCAAGUUUGAUGCGGCAAUGGUGGCAUUCCUGGACUGUCUUCAGCAGUUUAAGGAACAAGUAGAGAAGGGAAACACUGGUUUCUGUUUACCUUAUAGAAUAGAUAAAGGGAAAAUUGAGGACACUGCUUCACCACCGCAUGCUUAUUCGAUAAAAAUACAGUUUAAUUCCGAAGAACAUUGGACUAAAGCCCUUAAAUAUAUGCUCACUAAUCUAAAAUGGGCGUUGACUUGGAUUUCGUCUCAGUUCAGCGAAGAUAAGCCGGAAAAUCAAAUUGUUUAAUUCCUGUGAUAUUACAUGUAUAAUUUUUAUGUUAUUAGCGAAAUUUGUAAAUAAAGAUGUCUACAUAUUGAA